AUGGAACUGCCGGUUCUUCUGCUCACUAAUGGAGUUUUACUUCCGAAUGCCAAACUAAAAGUUCCAGUCAAAAGUAAGACGAAUUUAGCCACUCUCGAUCGUUUCGUUCUGAACAAAGGGCUUCCUGGAAAAUCACUUAUACUUGUAGCCUAUCGGAUGGAAAAAGAGAAGAAAGUCUUCGAGACCGGUACUGUCGCGCUAGUGGAGCAGGUCGUGUGUUGGAGCUACAAUAAUUUCGUACAGUACACCAUACACCUCGUUGGUGUAUCACGUGCGAAGAUCGAGAAAUUCGCCAUUCCCGUUAGCACAGUUCAACAACUAUACGCUAUCGAAGGAGAAAUAUCUUCAAAAUUGAGGAAAGAAUUCGUGGAUCGAGUCAAGCAGCUUUCGAUUUCCUUGUCGUUUGACAGAAUUGAGGACUCAUUCACUAUUAAAAAGUUCCUCAAUGAGGAUAGAAUGGAGGAUUUAACGGACUUCUGCGUUUCUCUGAUGAAUGAUGUGUCUUAUCCAUCUCUGCUCGAAUAUUUGGCCACGUUGGAGAUCCCUGCGCGAGUAAAACUCGCAAACAAUUGGUUGAAAGAUCAUUUGAAGAGCAUUCCCACCAUUGGUUCGAACGAUGUUCGAAUAGAACAAACAUAUCUGCCACGUUCUCGUCGAAUUCCCCAAAAAACCACGAAAAACAGUACCGAUGAGCUUGAAAGCAAAUUACAAAAUGCAGGUUUACCUGAUAGUGUCAAGGAUCGCGUUUGGGCGGAUUUUGAACGCUUGAAAGGUACGGGACAGAACAACUCUGAGCAGCACGUGCUCACUUCAUAUCUGGAACUUGUUGCAAGUCUUCCGUGGAGUAAAAGCACACCAGAAAGCAUCGAUAUUAAGAAGGCUAGAGAACUACUGGAUGCUUCUCAUAGUGGAAUGGACAACGUCAAGAAGAGGGUGUUGGAAUUUUUAGCUGUUCGAAAGCUGAGCAAUUCAGUCACCGGUCCAAUAUUAUGCUUUGCUGGUCCACCUGGAAUAGGAAAAACUAGCAUAGCGAAAGCCAUAGCACAAUCUCUUGGCCGAAAUUUCGAAAGAAUCUCACUAGGAGGUAUUCGUGAUGAGAGCGAUAUUCGUGGGCAUCGUCGAACAUAUGUGGCCGCGAUGUGCGGUCGCAUCAUUCAGGCGUUGAAACAUGCUGGCAGCAAUAAUCCUUUGAUACUCCUAGAUGAAGUCGACAAGCUGUAUUCCGGAAUACAUGGCUCUCCUUCUGCAGCCCUGCUAGAAGUUCUUGAUCCGGAGCAAAACAACAGCUUCACUGAUCAUUACCUCAAUCUACCGUUCGACUUAUCCAACGUUCUAUUUAUCGCCACCGCCAAUGAUCUUUCUAAGAUAGAAGGGCCACUUGCAGACAGAAUGGAGAUUAUCGAAAUGACCGGUUAUUCGACAAAUGAAAAGAUUGAAAUCGCCCAACGACACCUGAUCCCUCGGCAACUGCUCCAACACGGAAUCUGUCCGGAUCACCUUCGGAUUCAAACAGAUGCUUUAAGGGUUAUGAUCGAAGACUACACUCGAGAGUCCGGCGUGCGACAACUGGAAAGAGCGAUUGCCGCUACUUGUCGCUUCGUCGCGCUGCGUAUCGCUGAAGGUGCGCGUGACGAGAACGAUGUGGAUACUAUGAUGAGCACCGAAUUACAGCUAAUUGUCUCAGCUGAAAGAUGCAGGGAGAUCCUUGGAAAAGAACGUUUCUCAUCGCUCAACCUUGUAGAACAAAUGGGGAAAUUCCGCAUAGGAACCUGUUUCGGACUUGCUUGGACUCCUUUUGGCGGAGAACUCAUGGUCAUAGAAACGAAUAGUUGUGCAGGAAAAGGAAAAGUCGUAAUGACAGGUAAACUUGGAGAUGUUCUUCGAGAAAGUGUGGAUGUUGCAAGGACUUGGAUCCGAGCAAAUGCUGCCAGGCUCAAUGCUGAUACUCUUGAACGUUCGGAUAUUCACGUGCAUCUGCCUAGUGGUGCCGUAGGAAAGGAUGGUCCUUCAGCUGGUUGCGCGCUUGUUGCUGCAUUGUUUUCCUUGGCAAGUGGACGAUUAGUGCGAGCGGAUACUGCUGUUACUGGAGAAAUCAGUCUCACAGGACAUAUCCUUCCGGUUGGCGGAAUCAAGGAGAAAGUGCUUGGGGCACAUCGAGCCGGACUUCGGCGAGUCAUUCUUCCUCUCGCUAAUCAGAGAGACGUGGAUCAAGUUGACAAAACUAUAAAGGCUGACAUGGAUAUACAAUUCUCGUCCGACAUCGAUGACUUACUCCAAAAAAUCAUGGAACGUGACAACACCGUCAAUGUCUUAUCCAAAUUGUAG